UGUGUGUGUGUUGUGGUUUGUGUGUAUUUGUGUGUGUGUGUGUGUUGUGGUUUGUGCGUACACUCAUUCUUCUUCUUCGUGUUAAAUGUGGAAUUUUCCUUCUCUCUUUUCUGUCUCGUCUUCACAUUUGGUUUGACUUCGUCAGUUUCACUUUCUGGAGCCUCUUAUUUAAAGGACCUGAAUAUGGACCUCCAGCAGAGACACACAUCUGCAACACCAGAACCACCACCAGAGCCACCAGAACCAACAUCAGGAUCGAGACCAGAACCACCACCAGAAGAACCGCUGCAGAACCUCCACCCACCAACGGCAGAACCAGCAAGAACACCAGGAGACACCUAGAGAACCACCACCAAACACUGACAGAACCUCCAAAACCUGAACCAGAACCUCCUGAACCUCCAGAACCUGAACAUCCAGAACCUCCAGAACCUGAACCUGAACCUCCAGAAUCUGAACCUCCAGAACCAGAACCUCCAGAACCUGGACCUGAACCUCCAGAACCUGAACCUGAACCUCCAGAACCUGAACCUCCAGAACCUCUAGAACCUUCAGAACAUCCCAGGUCUGUCCAUCAUGUCCUCUUCGCUCCUGCUCACUCUGCUGACCCUCUGCGCUCUGACCACACCCCUGGUUGCCAUGCCGGCGCCCACCUGCCGUUUCCAUGGAUACCUGGUCAAGGAGUCACUGAAACUGCUGCGACAACUGGGGGGGCGGGACUUUCCUGGUUCCUGUCUACCAUACAAUCACAACAUCUCAUUCCCUGACUCCGCCUUCCCUCAGGCCUCAGCCAAUCGUCUCCAGUGUCAUCAGGCAUUGAAGGUCAUCUAUGCUUUGCUGGAGGGGGUGGAGCUAAUACUUGCUAACUCCACCUGUCCGAGUACCUGGGACGAGUCCACGUUGGACACCUUCAGGAACCUGCAGGACCAGCUGCUGGACCAGGGACACUGUUUUUCUGAUCGUGGAUCUUCAGAACUUUUCUCUGCGUAUUUUAACAACAUGACAACAGUUCUGGAGCAGGAGGUGGGUUCUGAGUGCGGGUGGGCGGUUCUGAAGAAGGACCUGGUCACAGUCUUAGACUCCGCCCUCCACAAAUACCACAAAUGUUUAAAAUGAAGACACGCCCCCCUGAAGAAGACACACCCACUGAAGACAGACCACGCCCACUCCCAGCUGGAACCAAUGACAUUAUUUAUUCACGUUUUCUUUUCUUCAUAUUUAUUGAUUAUUUAUUGAAUAAUUUAUUGUUUCCUUUGGUACAAACACACUUUUGUAUUUGAAUUUUUUGACACAAUAAAAGUUUCUGAUGCA